GGCUCCGCGUGCGCAGGCGCACUUCCGGCUCUGUUCCGCCGCUGCGGCCAUUGUCCGGCCCCUGCGCGGCUAAGGCCGCUUUGGGCCGCCCCUCACCACAUCAGAAUUCGAGAGGACUGAGCCUGCUGCGGGGCCGGGAGGAGCGGGCCUGACCCCUGGGUGGGCCCAGGUGGCGAAAUCCGGAGCCCCCAGGAGGCGGUGAUUUGCGCGCGUCGGGACGACACUCCUACGGGUUUGGCGUGUGUCCGCGGGGCCGCGCCCACCAUCCUGCGGCCCAGUGUGGGAGUCGGGCCCGGCGAGGCAGGAAUGGCCCCGAGGCCGCCGACGGCCGCGCCCCAGGAAUCAGUGACAUUCAAAGAUGUGGCUGUGGACUUCACCCGGGAAGAAUGGCACCACGUGGACCCUGCUCAGAGGCGCUUGUACAGGGAUGUGAUGCUGGAGAACUAUAGCCACCUGGUCUCUCUUGGAUAUCAAGUUUCCAAGCCAGAGGUGAUCUUCAAAUUGGAGCAAGGAGAAGAGCCAUGGAUAUCAGAGGGAGAAAUCCAAAGACCUUUGUGUCCAGACUGGAAGACCAGGCCUGAAGCCAAAUCGUCAAAUCUUCAGCAAAGCAUAUCUGAAGUAUUCCAUAGCACCUGUGAUCUCUCACAUGCCACAUUAGAAGAUUCUUGGGGUGUUAGUAGCCAGUUAGAGAGGCAUCAGGAAAACUGGAAGAGAUAUCUGGGACCAGAUGCCUCCACCCCGAAGAAAAUACUCACACCAGAGGAAAGUUUUGAGCAAAAUAAAUUUGGUGAAAACUCUAGAUUGAACACAGACCUAGCUACACAACUGAACAUUCCUUCAAGACCUAGUGAAUAUGAUUCACUUGGAAGCAAUUUGGGACAUAAUUCAGACUUACUUAAUCAGAAUAAUAUCCUUGCAAAAAAGAAACCUUAUAAAUGUAAUAAGUGUAGAAAAGCCUUUAUUCAUAGAUCAUCACUAAGUAAACAUGAGAAAACUCAUAAAGGAGAGGGCACUUACCCCAAUGGUGCAGAUCAGGGAAUUUAUCCUGGAAAAAAACACCAUGAAUGUACUGACUGUGGGAAAACCUUCCUCUGGAAAACACAACUCACUGAGCAUCAGAGGAUUCACACUGGCGAGAAACCCUUUGAAUGUAAUGUGUGUGGGAAGGCCUUUAGGCAUAGCUCAUCCCUUGGUCAGCAUGAGAAUGCUCAUACUGGAGAGAAACCUUACCAGUGUAGUCUUUGUGGGAAAGCCUUCCAGCGCAGCUCCUCCCUUGUUCAACAUCAGAGAAUUCACACUGGAGAGAAACCCUACCGUUGUAAUUUGUGUGGGAGGUCUUUUAGGCAUGGCACAUCCCUCACUCAACAUGAGGUCACGCACAGUGGAGAGAAACCCUUCCAGUGUAAGGAAUGUGGGAAGGCCUUUAGUCGAUGUUCCUCUCUUGUGCAGCAUGAGAGGACUCAUACAGGAGAGAAACCUUUUGAAUGUAGCAUAUGUGGGAGGGCUUUUGGUCAGAGCCCAUCCCUUUAUAAACAUAUGAGGAUUCAUAAGAGAGGCAAGCCUUACCAAAGCAAUAACUACAGCAUGGAUUUCAAGCAUAGCUCAUCUCUUACUCAAGAUCAAAGUACUCUGACUGAAGUGAAAUCUUAUCAUUGUAAUGACUGUGGGGAAGACUUCAGUCACAUUACAGAGUUUACUGACCACCAGAGGGUCCAUACUGGAGAGAACCCCUAUAAUUGUAAGCAGGACUUCAGUCAACAACCUCAUUCUCAUCCUGGAGAGAAACCCUACCACUGUAAUGUAUGUGGAAAAGCUUUCAAAAGGAGUACAAGUUUCAUAGAGCAUCACAGAAUUCAUACUGGAGAAAAACCCUAUGAAUGUAAUGAAUGUGGAGAAGCCUUCAGUCGGCGCUCAUCACUCACUCAACAUGAGAGAACCCACACUGGAGAGAAACCCUAUGAAUGUAUUGACUGUGGGAAAGCCUUCAGUCAAAGUUCAUCCCUCAUUCAGCAUGAGAGAACUCAUACUGGAGAAAAACCCUAUGAAUGUAAUGAAUGUGGGCGAGCCUUCAGAAAGAAAACCAAUCUGCAUGAUCAUCAGAGGAUUCAUACCGGAGAAAAACCCUAUGCUUGUAAGGAAUGUGGGAAAAACUUCAGUCGAAGUUCAGCUCUCACUAAACACCAGAGAAUUCAUACUCGAAAUAAACUCUAGGAACCCUGAAAUUAAGGAAUGUGCAGAAAGCUUUAGCUAAAAUAUCAGUCUUACUCAGUAUCAGAGGAUUCUCACUGGAGAGGAAGCUUAAAAAUGUAAUGAAUUAUGUGUGUGUUUGUAUGUUGUGUGUGGAGAAAACUCUGUGCUAGUAGACAAUACUUUUUUAAUAAAGCCACGUUCUCAGAUAUGAUUACAGACUUUUGUAAAAACAAUUACAAACAUAUAACCAUUUGGAAAUGAUGUGUCUAUAUAUUGGACUUUAUAAAGCUUUUGAACUUAUGUAUGCAGGGGAUCACCAACUUUGGACAGUUUGACUUGUAACUCUGUUUACACCCUUUUAAAAUAAAUUUCCUGUAGUAAUGACCAAAACUCAAUUUUAAAACUCCUUGACAACUGCAUUCAACUGCAGCUCUUAUAUUAAAUUCACCACAGAAACCAUUUCCUCCUCCAGGAAUUCACCAUUCAAAAAAUUAGAUCAACUGGUCCAACCACUUCCUUAUAAAGAUGAAGACACUGAAAGCCAAAGAUGUGAAGUGGUUUGCACAGUAUGAAAUAAUGUCAAAGCUGGGUGAACAGUGCAGGUCUCCUGGAUCUUUGGCCCCAUGAUCUUGUCACUGAAAAGAUUUUAUGGAAUUCUGAGGGUUUUAAAAUAAAUUUUAAAGCCAGACGCACAUUCAAUGAGCACUCAUGAGUUGGGUACUUUGGGAAUUCAUAAAAGCAUAAGAGGCAGCAAAACAUAUGCAAAUCUGUCACAGACUUAUUUAAAGCACUUGUUGGAAGCUUACAGACCAAAAUGUUAACAGAAACUGUAAAUAGUUGAACUACUGGUGACUUUUUUCUUUCCUAUGUAUCUUAAUUGUACCUUCAGCUAAUAUGUCAGUUUCAUAGAGUUGUUGAGUCCUCUUACUGUGUUUUUUAUGACCCUGCUGUGAAAAAGCACCUUCCAGGCUUCCUAUAUUGGAUCAAUGAGAAAACAACACAAAACUAAGGAGAAUUUCCCCCCAAAUUAAAUUUACUGUAAAGAAGUAUAAAUCCAAUUGCCCAUUGCCAUAAAAUUUGUCUUUAAAUCAGUUUAGAGAAUCAGAUGCAGUGGCUUAUUUUGUGUAUUAAGGAAGUAUUUCACCAUAAAAAUGUUUUUUUAGCUCUUUGUUGCUUUUCCAUCAGUAAAGCUUGAGCUAAGCUUCAGUAGCCCACUCCAAUCCUUAAUGUCCCCUGAUGGCUUCCGUGGGCUAUUCUAAAGGAAUUUCCCAGAACUUUUUCCCAGAACAGUGCAGAAAAAUUUAGAAGUAACUGUGGACAUUGACCCUUUUCACACAAGAACCUCUCCCCUCUUUAAGAUAAGCAAAUCUUCCCAUCCUAACAAUGAAUCACAGAGAGGAGGGAUAUGGAUGAUGUUGACUUCUUUGCGUACAGAUGGCAGGAUCCAUCAUCCUUGUCUCAUUCUGCAUGAGGCCACUCCCAAACAUUCUUCAUAAUUCUUUGCAGGAAAGAUGUGCAGGGGGCUGAAAUGUGGGAUAUCGAGUCCAAUGAGUCUACCACAUGUGGAGCAAUAUGGGAUACUCCAUAGCAGAUCUGCCCUUCCAAGACAUUCACUAUUCGAAAAUGCCUUGUUUAUGAUCCAUGUUUAGUGCACACACAAUGCCAAGGUAAUGCUUGUGUUGUCUGAUACAUAGUUUGACAAUGGGUAAUUCUACUGAGACCCUCCUCUACUGAUUGGCUAGGAAGCCUAUCGGGAACUUGUUUUGCUGCUGGUUGGAGAUCCUCAUAGUGGACUACUUGCAAGAACGGCAUGAUUUGUAACCAACUGAGUGCUACCCUACUGUUAUGGAAUUUUAUAGACUUAGUUUCAGAAGACCCAAAGGAGAUCACUGGUUUGUGUGUGGAGCCUGGCCCAGAUCCAACAAAAUGACUCUCAGUGCAUCUUCAUUGACAGGGAGGGAGUCCAUAAUAUAUGUGUUGCUGAUUGAGCAGAGGAUUCUGUAGUCUUAGUAGCCAUGCACAAUGCACUUAAGAACACCCAGCCUUCUAGGUCUCAUGAAAUGCACCCUUGUAACAUCAUUGAUUUAUUUCAAUAAAUAGCCUGCUUAGUUGAA